AUGUCAUUAGAUGUAGUCUCAUUAUUUACUUCAAUUCCAACUGGCAUAGCUGUAACCGCUGCGAACGAUAGGCUGAAAAAAGAUGCUAGUCUUCCUGAGCGCACUAGUCUUACACCUGUUGAUGUUACCGCUUUGUUGUCUUUUUGUCUAAGUUCUACUGAGUUCAGUUUCAAGAGUAAGUACUACAAACAGAUACAUGGGACUGCUAUGGGUUCGCCUAUUUCUGUAUGUGUGGCUAAUUUAGUCAUGGAGGUGGUUGAAUCCAGGGCGCUUUCAACAUUCUUUGCUACGCCACGUGUCUUUAAAAGAUACGUCGAUGACACUGUUUGCAUUAUCAAGAAAGACCAGAUCAAUGUUUUUCAUGAUCAUUUAAACCAACAAGACCCGAAUAUUAGGUUUACUAUGGAAAGAUACUCUGAAGCGGGACUUCCGUUUUUAGAUACUUUAAAUAGAGUGUCUGAAGAUGGUGGAAUUAAGAUUUCAAUCUAUCGCAAGAAGACGCACACAGAUAAAUAUUUGUCAUACGACAGUCAUCAUCCUUUGAGCCACAAAGCAGCUGUAGUUCACACUCUUGCUUAUCGUAAAGAAACUCUGCUUAGUGACCAGGAUUCAAAAGAGAAGGAGGAAGAUCAUCUCACAGAGAGUCUAACUCAAAAUGGCUACCCUAUGAAAKUCAUCAAGAAACACUCAGUCAUGCGUAAAAAGAACACAGAGAACGAUGAAACGGAAGAUCCCAAAGGCUUUGCGGUGUUACCGUAUGUGAAAGGAACUACUGAGAAGAUCACUAGAAUUCUUUCACGCCAUAACAUCAGAUGUUGCAUGAGACCAGAAAGAACUCUGCGGAAUGUCAUAUCUAGACCAAAAGACCAGGUCCCCCAGGAUAAGCAAGUUGGGGUAAUUUAUUCCAUUCCUUGCGAUGAAUGUAGUAUCAAGUACAUCGGGGAAACAAGCAGAGCUCUUGGAACUAGGUGCAAAGAACAUCAGGCGGCUGUGCGUCUGAACAAGGCAGAAAGAUCAGCCUUAGCCCAGCAUGCACAUGAAACGGGGCACUCAAUCCAAUGGGAUAACAUUUCAAUCGUUAAWAAAGAACAAAGAUGGAACCAAAGAAAGUGGCUGGAAGCAUGUGAGAUAUCAAAGCAAAAGAACAUUAUUUUUAAUAGAGACAGUGGCAGAAUUCUGCCAGCAAAUUACAUAAAUCUUUUGUGA